UUUUCGGAGAAUUCCAAGAGCAACUGUUGACAGGGUCGGGAAACUUGUUCGAGAUGCGAAAUGGGGAUGGGGUUUGUGGCAUACUGACGAGUUCCGUCAAAUUAAGGCCAUGUUCACUUCUACUUAUGUUCCGUCCUUCUACCUUUGCCAAUGUGCAAAUGUUGUGGACCGACAAUGUCUCUGCCUAUGGCACAUUGAUGUGACUAAGGACGACAACAUGUGUGAGCGCUGUUUCUGGAUCAAAGAGAUUUCCUUGUUCUUUCGUGAUUUUGAACCGAUAAGCCUGUUUAGGGACACAAGUAAGUGGUGAAGAUGUCUCUGCAUCAGAAUCUUAUCUUUUUUAUGUUUUUUGCUAUGCCAUUAUGUAUGUCGAACAAAAAAAUUAUAUAUUCUGUUUUUAUGGCUGACUUAUUUUCUUAUGGCUGACUUAUUUUCAUCUUACGGCUGAGUUAUUUUCAUCUUACGGCUGAGUUUUAUUCUUCGGCAUUAUUAAUUAUUAACAAUGUUACGGCUGAGUUAUAUUUUCCGGCAUUAUUUACUUUACACAAGGAAAAAAAAGAAAUCAUUUUCGUCCCAACGCGAAAAAAAAAAGAAAAGCUCUCGACGACAGGCGAUUUCUAAGCGUCUCGAUACGAAGGUAAAACCGAAGCCUCUCUUUUGCAGAUUUGUGGAUUCAGCUUCGGUUCGAUGAUGUUUUCUUCCCAUUCUUUUCUUGUUUGCAGAUGCCUAAUUCGCACAAACCUCAUUUCUUGAAGCCUCUGCUUCCCGAUUUCCACAGUGGCGUGACAAUACCACUUGGCUUCUUCUCACAACACAUAGAAGGGAAGACAAACCGGAAAACAUGGAAACUAAGAUCGGACGCUACAGAUCAAACUUGGGAAGUGAUACAAGAAGGCAGGAGACUCACCGGAGGUUGGAAAGAUUUCACCACAGCACAUGACCUUCAAAUCGGUGACAUUGUCAUCUUCAAACACGAAGGAGAUAUGGUGUUUCAUGUCACACCAUUUGGUCCUAGCUGUUGUGAGAUUCAGUAUACACAUCCUCACAUCAUCAGGGAAGAAGCCGAUGCGGAUGAUGCUCCUUCUUUCUCAUUUGACUAUUGUUUUCAGGCUGAGGUCACUGCUUCGAAUCUAAAAGAAGACAAACUUUAUCUUCCUGAGGGAGCUACGACUUGUACUGCUUUGAACAAACAAUGCCAAGAGAUAAUACUUGUCAACAAAGAGGGAAAUUCAUGGACUGUGAGUUUGCGAUUUAGCGAAGCAGACGGCAUGUAUUACAUCAGAAGAGGCUGGAGAAAGUUCUGUCGUGCUAACAGAUGCGCCAUAGGAGACUUAUUUGUGUUCAAUGUGGUUGGAGAUGGGAAAACUACUCCACUAAUGUGUGUAUGUCCGGAAAGGGAAGAGUGAUUUUGAACCUAAACUUAUGUAUGUCGAACCAGAAAUUUAUGUAUGUCUCUUUUUAUGGCUGACUAAUAUUCAUAUUAUGGUUGAGUUAUUGUUUAUGUUAUUGUUUGAUUAUGACUGA